AGUGUGUGACCCACGCACUGCUUCGACUGAGCAAGGGGCGGCGGGAGGGGGGUGAUGCUGGAUAUAUGCUUUUGUGACGAACCUCAGGGCUACAAAGACUGAAUCCAGUUUCAGCGCAAAGACAUACAGGCAAGGAGACUCCAAAGCCGGGAGUUAAAGUAUCGCUGAAAAGUGCGCCAAGGAAUCAGAAGACAGACGGUCGCUGUUGAUGUGUUGCUUUGCUGGAGCUUCAACAGAACAAUUAUCAGAAUAACUGGAAAUAACGGCACCAUCACAACCAAAUAUUUGGAUUUUAAACAAACUAAGACGCCUUCGUUCAUAGUUUAUCAAAUACCUUCGCUGAACCACUAACGUUUUUACGGACUGUCGAACUUGGAUAAGAGUGCUUAUAUUUUGAGUGUGCUUGGAUGUUAAUUCAGCGUUUAAACUUGGAAUUGGUCCGUCAAAGCGGGUUUAUCCAUUGUUGCCUUUUCUGACGACUGUUCACUUAUUUUCUGUUUUAUUUUGAAUCAAUAUUUCCUCAUCAUUUGUCACCUUGCCAUCAUUACGUCUUGGCUAAAUUAUGAAAACAUCGAACUUGCUAUAACCAAGCUUGUGGAAUUGUUGGUUGCCCUUCGAAGUCAUUUGAAUGGAGAGCUUGGACGCAGUACAUAUGGGACUUCCAACUUUCUCAAGGUUCAUCUGAGUUUGAAGGUAACCUCUUACACAGCCAUGGUCACUCUGGACCAGUGAAGCAUCACUUCCGCUGCACCACAAAGAGCCAAUCCAGAAGCUCUGCAAAAUAUUCAGGCCACACCUGUGAAAAGGACAGAAAGGCAGGGAGAAGAGAGGAAAAGUGUGAGAGAGAGAUAAUUUAAGUUAAAGCAGAGAGGAGUUUAACACGCCUCUCUGUUCAUCUCCCUCAAGGAUCCCAGAUCGCUGAACUCACCAGGAUCAUGGCCUCACCCUUCCUCUUCUCAAACUUAUGUCUGACAACCCUCUUGCUGCUGCUACUUGACAUGACCUCUGGCGCCCCCUACGGCCCAGCCUCAGAUACCUGCAUCACUUUGGUACAGGGCCGCUUCUUCGGCUUCUUCUCCUCUCCUUCCGUCUUCCCCUCCACGCCCUGCUCCUGGACGCUACAGAACCCGGACCCACGCCGCUACACCAUCUUCAUGAAAGUCACCAAGCCCACCAAUGGCUGUCUCCCCCGCCAGCUCAAGACGUUCCAGUACGACUCCUUCCUGGAGACCACCCGCACGUACCUGGGCAUGGAGAGCUUCGACGAGGUGGUGAAGCUGUGCGACGCGUCCACCCGUGUGGCCUUCCUCCAGUCCAGCAAGCAGUUCCUCCAGAUGCGCAAAGCUCUGCCCCUGGAGGCCUUGGUGGCUGAGGAGAGCGACGAGGGAUCGUUCAAGGCGGAAUACUUGGUGGUGGGGAACAGGAACCCCAGCAUGCCCGCCUGUCAGAUGCUGUGCCAGUGGCUGGAGGACUGCCUGUCAUCCAGCACCCCUGUCAGGCCCUGCGGCAUCAUGCAGACCCCUUGCCAGUGUGGGGAGGCCGCCCAGGAGAAGCCUGACGGCUGCUAUCGAGGAGGUAUCUACCUGGAGAACUGCAUCCCCAGCCUGGGCGAGAGCGGACGCGACGCCGAGAUCGUGGGAGGCUGGAGCGGGUGGGGCCGCUGGAGCGAGUGCAGCAGCGACUGCGGGGGCGGGGUGCAGACGCGUAAACGCACCUGUCACGCAGCCGCGGACGAGUCGUACCUGUGCGAGGGCGUGCUGGAGGAGGGCCGGCCCUGCAACCCGCAGCCCUGCAUCGGCAAGGGGCGCCACGUCUCCCGAAGCCAGUCUCUGCGGUCGGUGGACAGCCGCAAGCGAGAUGACGGGGACAAGCCUCGCUAUGGACACCUGGCCCCCCAGACAGAAUCGGCCACGGGGGAGGAGUGGUCUCCCUGGAGCGUUUGCUCGGCCACCUGUGGGGAGGGCUGGCAGAGCCGCACGCGAUUCUGCAUUUCCUCCUCCUACAGCACGCAGUGCAGCGGGCCUCUUCGUGAGCAGAGGCCCUGCAACAACUCCGCUGUGUGUCCAGCCGCUCUGAUUGCAGUACAUGGUGCCUGGGAUGAGUGGUCGCCAUGGAGUCUUUGCUCCUCCACCUGUGGCCGUGGUUACCGUGAACGCACCCGCACCUGCAAGCCGCCCCAGUUUGGGGGUGACCCCUGCAUUGGCCCUGCCAAGCAAACCAAGUUCUGCAACAUUGCUGUCUGCCCAGUGGAUGGGAUCUGGAAUGAGUGGUCAAGCUGGAGCUCCUGUUCAGCCUCCUGCGCCAAUGGGACGAUGCAGAGGACCCGGGAAUGCAACGGGCCCUCCUACGGGGGGUCAGAGUGUCGCGGAGAGUGGCUGGAGACUAAGGACUGCUUCUUGAGGGACUGCCCAGUGGACGGGAAGUGGCAGGCCUGGAGCUUGUGGGGCGGCUGCACCAAGACGUGUGGCGGGGGCAGCCAGCAGAGGCAGAGGGUCUGCUACGGGCCCUUCUUCGGCGGGGAGCAGUGCCCGGGGGACCGCGAGGAGGUGCGGCGCUGCAACGAGAAGAGGUGCCCGGAGCCCCAUGAGAUCUGUGAUGAGGAGAACUUUGCCAACGUGGUGUGGAAGGAGACGGCAUCAGGCGACACUGCCGCUGUGCGCUGCCCCCCUAACGCAGUCGGGUUGAUCCUGCGACGAUGCACUCUGGACGACGAUGGCAUUGCUUACUGGGAGAACCCAACUUACAUGAAGUGCAUCUCCAAUGACUAUCGCAGCAUCCAAACACUGACUCGUGAGCACCUCUCAAAAGCCCAGCGAGGGCUGAUGGGAGAAGGAGUUUCUGAGGUGCUGGCCAAGUUGAGAAGCACAUCCAGUGACGGGACCAGCUACAGUGGAGAUCUCCUGGCCAUCAUAGAUGUCCUGAAGAACAUGACCGAGAUCUUCCGCAGGUCUUACUACAACCCCAGCAGUGCUGAUGUGCAGAACUUUGUUCAAUCAGUGAGCAACUUGCUGAUGGAGGAGAACAGAGAACGAUGGGAGGAGACCCAACUGAUGGGGCCCAACAUCAAAGAGCUCUUCCGUCUGGUUGAGGACUUUGUGGACGUGAUCGGUUUCCGAAUGAAGGACUUCCAGGACAUCUACGAGGUCACAGAAAACCUAGUGCUAAGCAUCCACAAGCGACCAGCCUCUGGGGCCUCUGACAUCACCUUCCCGAUGAAAGGAUGGAAGGGCAUGGUGGACUGGGCCAGGGGCUCCGAGGACAAGGUCACAGUCUCGAGAAACACGCUCUCAUUGGGCAAACCAGAUGCGGAUGACUCCUCUACAUUUGUCACUGGCAUUGCUCUGUACAGGAACCUGGGCAGCAUUCUCUCCUUACAAAGAAACAGCACUGUGCUGAACUCCAAGGUGGUCUCGGUCACAAUCAAGCCCACCCCUAACGUCCUGUCCGCCCCUGUGGAGAUUGAAUUCUCCCAUCUCUACAACGGAACCACAAACCAAACCUGCAUCUCCUGGGAUGAAAGUGACAGCUCCUCGCUGCUCGGAUCCUGGUCGGCUAGGGGCUGCAGAGCGGUGCCCGUUGAUUCAUUCAGAACCAAAUGUGUGUGUGACAGACUAUCGAGCUUCGCCAUUUUAGCACGGAUAAAUCCUGACAUGAACAUGGAUAAAACGCUGCUCCCUUCGGUGACCCUGAUCGUGGGCUGUGGGGUCUCCUCACUCACUCUACUGCUGCUCAUCAUCAUCUAUGUAUCUGUCUGGAGGUACAUUCGCUCCGAGCGCUCCGUCAUCCUGAUCAACUUCUGCCUCUCUAUCAUCUCAUCCAACGCCCUCAUCCUGAUUGGACAGACACAGACGCGUAACAAGGUGGUGUGCACCCUGGUGGCCGCUUUCCUUCACUUCUUCUUCUUGUCCUCCUUCUGCUGGGUUCUGACGGAGGCGUGGCAGUCCUACAUGGCGGUGACGGGCCGCUUGCGGAACCGCAUCAUUCGAAAGCGCUUCCUGUGCUUGGGCUGGGGUCUGCCUGCUCUAAUUGUGGCUGUGUCUGUGGGCUUCACCAAGGCCAAGGGAUAUGGCACUGUCAACUACUGUUGGCUCUCUCUGGAAGGUGGUCUGCUCUAUGCAUUUGUGGGGCCAGCGGCUGCUGUUGUUCUGGUUAACAUGGUUAUUGGGAUACUGGUUUUUAACAAACUGGUGUCCAAAGACGGCAUCACCGAUAUGAAACUGAAGGAGCGUGCAGGUCAGAUGACAGUGCCACUGUACAAUAUGACGCUCAAAUGUGCCAAAUGCGGAGUAAUCUCGUCGGCUGACCUGUCCACCACAGCUACCAGUAACGCCAUGGCAUCGCUGUGGAGCUCCUGUGUGGUUCUACCCCUCCUGGCCCUCACGUGGAUGUCCGCCGUGCUGGCCAUCACCGACCGCCGCUCGGCCCUCUUCCAGAUCCUGUUCGCUGUUUUCGACUCAUUGGAGGGCUUCGUUAUUGUCAUGGUGCACUGCAUCCUUCGACGAGAGGUUCAGGAGGCAGUUAAGUGCCGGGUGGUUGACCGACAGGAGGAUGGGAAUGGAGAUUCGGGCAGCUCUUUCCAAAACGGGCAUGCCCAGCUCAUGACUGACUUCGAGAAAGAUGUUGACAUUGCUUGCAGAUCAGGCACCCUGAAGCGAUCAUCCUUGCAGGGUGAGGAGAAGAUGCCUCCCCAGCAGCUGACCCUCCAGAAGGGCUCCAACUUCAACACCCUCCCGGCCAGCAUGACCAAGGUGCACCUGCAGAAUGUGGCCGAUUAUGCCAGCCACACCCUCACGCUGAAGAGGGAGAAGCCCGGCGGGGGUGCCGGCGGGGAACUGUCCGGUGGGAAGUCCAUCUACAUCUGCGACGGGGAGCUGUUCAAGCAGCUGGACUCUGAUCUGACCCGUGGCCAGGCCGAGGCUGGAGCCCCCGACGGGAGCAGCUACGUCCUCCUGCCCAACAACACGUCCACGCUGCGUGGCAAGCCGAAAGACGAUCCAGCCAAGUACAACAUCAGCAUUGAGCAGCUGCCCCAGACCCGUCUCAUCCACCUCAGCAACCCCACCAGCGAGCCUGUCCCGGGCUUCGGCCUCAAGACCCUGCCAGCCGACCGGGUCAGCGUGUCCUGCUCCGAGCGGGACUCGCCUGUCCAGAACCUGCAGAACAUCUCCAGCGAGUCACAGAUGACCAACAGCUUGUGUGAAGCGGGCGACUCGGGGAACUCCGGCAUGAUGUCUAAGAGCGAGACGGUCUCCACCCUCUCCAUGAGCUCCUUAGAGAGACGAAAAUCCCGCUACGCAGAAUUAGACUUUGAGAAGAUCAUGCACACGCGGAAGCGUCAUCAAGACAUGUUCCAGGACUUGAACCGAAAGCUGCAGCACUCUGACAGAGAUUCACCACCUGUGGACGGAAAGUCUGUGAAGCGAUGGAGUGUGUCCUCAGGGGGCAGUGACAAAACAAACCUCAGUGACAAACAGCAGACACCUAGCAAACGGGCCUGGGAGGGCAUCCGAAAGACGCACUCACCCCCCUCAUGGGUGCGCAAAGACCUGGAGCCUGUGCAGGCCUCGCCUCUGGAGCUGAAGACGGUGGAGUGGGAGAAAGCUGGCGCCACCAUCCCUUUGGUGGGGCAGGAGAUCAUCGACCUGCAGACGGAGGUGUGAGUGGACAUGACCCCCAUGUCCCCUCCCCACCAAUGAGAGCUUCCGUCACAGUCUUCUCUGCAUUUCACUUUGGUCUGAAAAGAACAAACUUGCCGGGAGAAAGUAUUAAAAAGCGAGUGAGCGGUGGAGAAAGAGCAAAACGAUGACGAGUGGGACACAGAGCCAAUGUCCUCGAACCUGAGUGCAGAAUGAGCAGGACAGGAAGUCGCUUUGUUUUCCUUUAGUCCCCCUUUCUGUUUUAUGCAGGAAUUUCCUUUUCCUGACACGGACAGAAAUGAAAAGAAACGAACAAAAAACAUUUCUAAUGCUGUGGAAAGGAAUAUUAAAAAUAUCAAAACAAACUUUGCCAGACUUUGGCAUGAGGAGAUCCGGUUUUUGUCUGAUGUUCAAUAUGGAUUUUCUGCACUUUUCUCUCUGAGCUCUGGAAGGGGAUGUAUUCCUGCUGGGCUUUCAUCUUUGAACUCACACGGACACUCCAGGUUUCCCAUUUGGAAAGACUGGCCAAAGAACAGUGACCGAUAGAGGCCUACUCUCUCAGCCAUGCAAAAUAACAUCUGAAGCAACGAUCCACUGAACUCCCUCCACAGUGACGGAAUGCUCUGAGACUUGGUUUUUAAUCUUAUAGUAGAUUUAAUCAUUUUCUAUUUUAUUUGUUUAUUUUUAUUACAAGCAGCAAAUCAGACAAAAAGAGCGUGUCAGAAUCGAAAGAAAUCUACCAUGCCUUUAAACUCUUCAAAGUAGGAAAAAGUUGGUCACAGUGGGCUUGCCCAGUUCUGAAUUUGGAACUCUGGCAUCACAGACAACCGCAAAGCAAUCUUUAUUUUGUAAGCAAUCAUAUAAACUCACAUUUUCAUGCAACUAGUAAAGUUGUUAUUAUUAUUAUUAUUAUUAUUAUUAUUAUUAUUAUUAUUAUUACCCUACCACACACACACUCACAGACACACAAACACCCAUAACCCCUAGUCCACAUCCUUGCAUACAUAUCAUCAAAUUUCUCUGGUAUAAAGAAAGCACUCCAGAGGGAGUAGACAGCUUAAGCAGAUAUGGAGACGCCAGGGUGGGUGUCAAGGUCAAACAGCAUCCCUGGAAUUCAGAAUCCUCCCGGGUGCAACACUGUGGAUGCAGGGACAAGUGGCUCUGGUGGGCCCCAGUGAUUAGACACUGCCCAAACUCUGGAUCAGUGUUUUGAUUGGUUGGGUGUCAGUCAUGGCACUGCUGAGAGUGUGAUGGCACAGGAGAGAAACAGAAGAGAUGGGGAGAGCAGGCUGUUACGCAGCUUCCCAUCCACGUCUGAGCCACACGUAGACUCACACUUUGCCUUGCUGUUUUUGCAGGCGUUGAUAACACAGCCUCCACCUCAGAAAUAUGUUUGGGAGGGGAGGGGAGGGGGGGUAGCAGGGCAGCAUGGCAGUGCCAACCCGAGUCGUUAGAAGACAAUGCUGCCUUCCCAGCCUUAGUGCCAGCACCAAACAGGGCGUGGUACAUAUAGAGUGACGGUUGCUUGAUGUACAAGCAGGCUUGAUACAUUUGUUAUGGUCAGUUGUAAGGUUGUAAGGCUAUGAGUUCCUCAUAUAUAUAUAUAUAUAUGUGGAUAAAAAAUGAAAAAAAUAAUUAUAUAUUAUAAAUAUAUACAGUAUAUAUAUGAAACUUCAGAAACUGUGAUUCAAUAGUCUGAGUUUUGGUUGCACACACAGAGAAAGCACAAGGCUCCUAAAGGAGAGUCAUGUUGUACAGUAUUGUAAUUAUUUAAAUAAAGUUACACAGAAUGAAUUUUAGCCUAUAAAUAUCUUUAUACCGUGCUUUUUUUUUGUUUACUGAAUACCCUCACCCUAUUGGGUUACUGGACUAUUAACAGUGUUCUGUAACUAAUGUAAUGGUGUGUGUUUAUAUCACUGUCUGUAUCAACCUCCGCCCCCACCUCAGCACCUCCCACCCCCGCCACACCUCCCUUCCCACCUCUCCCUCAAACUUAAAUGUAUUUGUCUGGACUUACCCAUCCCCCUGUCCCCUUUUUUAUUUCCACAGGUUCUCUUUGUUAUUGUACAGUUUUCAGAGCACAAAUGAAUGUGUCUUAUUUCUAAUAAAAUAUAUCUAUAUUAUAAACUA